AUUAAUCCCCCCUCUCCCCUCCAUUGUCACUUUGCAACUCCGCCAGCUUUAAUGUCCUGGUUUAAUGUGUCCAUGUUUUAAAAAAAAAAAAAACAGCAGGCCUUGUAUUUUUUUUUCUGUUAUUGAUAACCUGAGGAGAUAUUUCGAUCCAAAAUUGUAGUUUAUUCCCCCUCUGCCUCAUCGUGAACUCCAUUUUCCAUCCAUAGAUUUACAUAAUAAGCUCAUAGACCCGGAUUUCUGAGGAAUUGUGUGAAGAUUUGAAGCUCUUUCUACACUGCCUUCCCCCCCAGUCACCAUAUCAAGCAUGCAUUUGGAGAUCAAAGUGGCUUUAAAUUUCAUAAUCUCCUACCUGUACAACAAAUUACCCCGACGACGUGCAGACCUCUUUGGGGAGGAGCUGGAGCGGCUGCUGAAACAGAAAUAUGAGGGCCACUGGUACCUAGAAAAUCCCUUGAAAGGAUCCGGCUACAGGUGUGUCCAUAUCGGAGAGACUGUGGAUCCUAUCAUCGAGCAGGCGGCAAGGAGGAGUGGGUUGGAUAUAGAUGAUAUUCGAGCCAAUGUUCCCCAAGAAUUGAGCCUUUGGAUUGAUCCAUUCGAGGUGUCCUACCAGAUUGGUGAGAAGGGGGCUGUGAAGGUCCUGUACAUGGACGACAAUGAGAGUGCCGAGUUGGACAAAGAAAUAAAGAGCAGCUUUAACCCAGAGGCCCAAGUUUUCACACCUAUCACUGACCAGGGCAACUCUUUGUCUAACUCCCCUUCUCCAUCCUUUGGGAAUUCGGUGAGCCCCACUUUCAUCCCCAGGUCUACUCAGCCAAUCACGUUCACCACUGCAGCCUUCGCUGCCACCAAAUUUGGGUCCACCAAGAUGAAAACUGGAGGCCGUCGAAUGGCCCGCUCUCCGACCAACGGCCUGAUCAAGCAGAAGGGUCUGUCGACAUCCAUGCACUCGCUGGUCCUCGGCAGCAACCAGAUCCCACCAUCCUCCCUCUCUCCCAAUGCCAAGGAGUUUGUCUACCCGGGUUCACUCGGCUUGUACUUCGGGACUGAGAACCAGUCGUCCUCCGGGCCCGCCCCCUUCCCCAAUGCCUUCGAGGUGCCGCCAAUCUUCAACAACAACAACCUGGGCGAGAAAGCCCCGUUUGUGGAAGGACUCGACUUCAACUUGAAUACCAUGCAGUAUCCUAACCAGCCAUUUCAGUCUGUUGUCUUGGCAAACUAACAAAACAUUUAGUGAAGAACCCUUUCUAUACAUAGAACUCAAAGAAGGCCAACACUAAUAUAGCGUGUGGAAGAGCACUUUGGGAACAGUUUAACGUUAAGCCUCCAAUCCCACUUUCAUCAUCAAAUCCCCAGUUUUCAAAAUUUUCUUUGGAAUCGUUCAAGUCACAAACUGCAAUCCAUUGAUAGGUUGUAGGGUUUUUUUUUUUCCCUCCCCCCAGAGUUAAUUAAACUUUUUUUUGUUGAGAAUAUUAUAUUCCUCCCUUGGGGAAACAUGGCACCAAAAGUCCAUCUUAAAAGUGGAAGACUGAGAUAUUUAGAAUACUCCAAAUUUGAGUAAAAUAAAGGUCACAAUAUAUGAUUGGUAGCGUUAUCAGUUUUUCACAGCAGUUGGAUUUGGGGCAUUACCUCACACCUGUGCCAGUAUCUAUCCGUGUUUCAUUUUGCACUGUAGUUGGUAAGUAGGCGCUGGAUCAGGGUUUCUAGGAGAACACAUUUCCCACUUUUUUUUUCUAAUUGUCGCUGUAGUGCUGUGGGAUGACAAGCCAUUACUGAUGGAUAGGUUUGGGCAGGUUCAUUUGAGAAGCAGAAUUCUGCCAACAAGAAGCAUCUUAAAGCAGUGGGAGGAGUGUCUGUCGUACCCAGAUCCAGCUGGACGUCUGUGGAGUUAUGGGAUUCAUUCUGUUUGUUCUUACAACCUCUCUCUUUAAAAACUCAGCAAGUCUUGUCAACAAGAACACCUCGCUCUGCACUGCAACAGAAUCUGCCAUCUUGGUUCAAGGGCUUUUUGAUCUCCUAAUUCAAAUUACUACUGUAUCGUGGCAACUAGCAAAAAACAAAACAAAAACAAAAACAAUCCUGUGAAGCUGUGCAUCAUGCUCCCAAGGACUAAUAACAUUUAGUUGUACUAAGUAACAAUGAAGAUCAGCAUCGUACAGAGAGCCUCCUCCUAUCUCGGUCUGCUCGGGGGUCGGCAAAUGGUCACAGAGGCCGUUGUGGCGGAGUUAAAUGUUGCAGAGAAGCGAUGGAUGGCUCAGUCUUUGCAUCCCAAGUGGAACAUCUUUCCCGUAAUACCUUUUUUGAAUUUUGAACCCUGGAUAUUUGGCCGACGUCCCCCUGGUUUUUUUUUUCAGGCUGGGAUCUUUCGAUCCGAGCUAUUUUUCUCCUCUUUCUGCAAACGCAAGGAGAUGAAGCUGCACUAGGUUUAUUAAAAGUGGAAUCAAGGUUUUGAUGGUGCAAGGGCCGCAUUAUGCUUGGGGUAGCACGUUUUCUAGGAGGGGCGAUGCAAGAUAUUCUCCUCGGAUGCUAGAUGUAGCUGCAGCGAUAACUGACUAGGAGCUACAGGAACUACUGACGGGAGCAGGAUUUGAGUAACCAUGGAUCCCAGACAUUGUCCAAAACUGGUCAGCUGUUAAAUGCAUGAAGCAAGUUAUUUGUUAAACUCUGCUGCACAUUGGGUUCUUGCUUUUAGCUGUAGAGUAACGUGUCAGAUCCAUGUAUGUUGGUGGAAUCUAAUCCUCUAGAAAGGAUGGAUGCAAGUGACCAAAUUCUAGUUCAUAUAUGCUAUAUGGCUAUCCUACUAGUCAGCACCUUGUAGUAAAUGCUACAUCCCACCAGUCGUUGAAAAGCUAUACUGUUUUGUCUCCCUUCAGUCUUCAGGUUCGUGAAAGUGAAGAAUUGAAUCUGAUGCCCUGUGUCACUUGAGUGUUCAUCUAGUACGCCACUGUUACCUAUACUGCUCCCAUGGUAAUGAGUGGAGGGCCCAUCCUUUUUAUUAAGAAGCAGCGCAGUGUGUUUUGAGGUCGGUUCUUGCAGUAUCUGCUUUAACUGUGUUUACUGAACAACUUUAGUUAGCAGGAUCUUUCUACUGGUCACGAGCGAUAGUUAAAAGAUGCUCAGGCACUUCCCCCCCCCCCCCCCUCCGGAGAAUGUGGCCCUUUUGAAUUGUAUAGAAUUGAUCAGAUUCAGGACUUUGAAGGUUGCUGCUGUUAAGAUUUCAUGAACCCUGAAGCAAGCUUGUAGUCAGCAGCUUUUUACUGUAACGAGAAUCUGCGCCACAGUCGGUCAGAUCUUGCUGUAUCUACCUGGGAGCUAUGUAUUGAAAAUUUGGAAGGAGCUACGGAGGGAUCUUCAAAGGGAUUUGACAACGUCCUUUGAAGUGAAGUUGUAAAAGAUGCUUGAUCAGUCAGUCACCUAGACACAGAGACAUGUGCAGCAGUGUUUAUUUUGCAGCUUAUUAUAAAAACGUCAAGCAUUGGCCUCGAGGCAAGGAGUAAUAUUUAAUUUGCCGAGUUUCCAAAAUGUCUUAAAUGACCAGUCUGGUUAUUUCUGUCCCGGAGAUGAAUAGGGUGGCAGUAAUGAGAUUGUCAGUUUGAUAAAUAUUUUAUCCUAAUAUUUCAGAGUUGUUCUAUUUUUGCUGUAACAUUUGACCAAAUUAAAAGGUUUGUUAGAACAGUUAAUUAGAUUUUAGAAUCUUAGAAAAGAAUAAAAGUGGGGUUUGCAUAUCAAAGGAAGCACUUGUACACAUAAUGAAUAUAUGCAAGAGGACUAAAGCUGUUUAUAACCCGCAAGGUUUGGACCUCUGUUCACCCCAAGGAUAUUCUCGACCUCGUACUAGCUCUCUUCUGCUCUUUGCACGUCUCCUCUCACCCACUGUUCAAACUGUAAUCGGCUUAUUCCAAACCACUCUUGACGAGAAUUCAUUUUAAUUUAUUCUGUGAGCCUGCCUAGAAUAACUAAGUUGGCGAUUCAGCUGAAAAGAUGGAUGACCAAAGCUCUUUAUUUGACAUUGGGAAUUGCCAGAUGUGAACUGUUUGUUCUGCCUUCAGAUGUAUUAUUACUGGUACUAAAAGUGGGGCGAGAAUCCUGAGCCAGAGCUUGGUUGUUUAAGAAUCUUCUCCUUUUUUUUUAGUGGAGGAGGCAGAAUGUUUGUAGACCUCAUCCAACAUUGUUCCACAGCAGCCUAUUAGAUAAUGCAAGUGUCUCCUCUGAUUACAUUCCCCUGCUUUACUGUGACAAUUGUGCUGGUUUUCCUUUGCGCCCCACCCAAACAGUGCAGCUAAAGUGAGAGAAGGCUGGGUUCAAACUAGCUCACCCGACGUUUACAGUCUGCACACGUACAUGUUUCAGACGAGGAACAUUAUACUUCACGAAAGUACCAUAGUAUUUGUAAACUACGUACGACACUUCCCACAAUAUGGUCAGUAGCUGAUGGCCUCUGAAGUUUGUACUGGCCACUAAAAAUUGCAUCUGAAGGUUGUCCCUAGUGACAGAUUUACUGGUUGUCCAACUUGGUUUUGUUUUCUCCUUGGUGUGCUGUUACUUUGAACAUUGGACCCAGUACAGCCAUGUUGGUACAGAUCACUAACCGCAGUAUUCUUUUGGGGGGAAAAAAGUGAUUAAUGGGUGAAAACUUAUUAUACCUACUGUCCUCUCUCUCUCUCUCUCCCUCUCUCUCUGAUUUUCAGUUUUAAAGAAAAAGUCCUAUAUUUGUAUAUGGUUCUAGCAUUGAAAUGUUUCCAAACUACUCGAUAAAUGUUGCCGUUCAGCCUCCGGUUCCUGCGCUGUGGCUUGAAACCUCAAACUAUUUCAACGCAGCCACUUGAGGCAAAUGUUGUUAUGAUCAAGGUAGUUCACAAGGACCAGACGAAUACAGCUAUCUGGUUUAGUAUUUGUAAUCUUGAAUUGUUGUGGGAGUCCUGAAGUUGUUGAAGCCUUAACCAGUUAUAGUUCUGAGCAAAGAGUGAGGGGAACUAAGGACUAAUCAUACCUGCGAGUUGCAACUGCUGUAUAAUCUGCUUGUCCACUGUCUCGGCAAUCCGGAUCACCGCAACCCACUUUUGGCCGAGUCAUUAUUGUCCAGUGAAUCCACACUACGACUAAACUCCCAACCUCAUCUAAUCGUCACAGCCAUGUGCUGCUGGAACUGAUGACAUUUUGACCUGAUGUUAUCUUGUGCUGUUAUCCCAACAGACCGAACACACUACAAUAAGACUGAGAUUGCUGAUACGAUCAUUUUAGAAGUGUUGAAGCCCCUCUUCGUUCUUUCUUCCCCCCCCCCCCCCCCCAAGCUCUUUCUCUGCUCCAUGGCGACCUCUUCCUGUUAAUCUGAUCUGAUUGUGUGUAGCAUGCAGCACCCUCAAAUGCAAAUGCCACAACUGCCUAUACUUUACAACACUAGUGUCUCUGACAUUCAAGAUGGUCACCAAAUUGUUCGCUCACAAACGGGGGUUGCAUUUAAACACAAUUCAAAAUCUGCAUUUUUGAAAGAUUUGCUGGAAUUUAGUUGAUUUAGUAUGUUUUUUAAUUUAAAACUAAAAGCGUGACAGGAAAUAUGCACUUUGAUGGUGUGGGAAGGAAUACGGAGAGAAUGGUGUUGGGUAAAAGACCAUUGUGAAUUUUGUUCUGUGCUCAUUCUAAGGACACCACAAGCUUUUGGCUAACAAAGUAGAAACAAUCCCCUGCUCUCCCUGUUUGUGUCCAGUGACCGUUUUUGCAUUCACUGUGCUCUUCCAAAGUUCCGAGUUUGGCAUCUUGCUGAACGGGGAAGGUUUGUUGAGAUUGCCAGUUCAAUAUUGGUGGGGAAAGACUGGAAAUGGCAUCCUUUGGCUGUCUGCCUUGUAGAGCAUGUGGCCCUGAACUGCUGGUACAUGUUUUUUUUUAUUUCAUAUGAUAAUACAACUUGCUCAUAGUGACAGCAGGACAAAACAGAACAACCACUGAAGCAUCAACAGAAGACAUAUUUGACCAUGGGGCUUGAAGCCCAACGGCAUAAAUAGCAACUUGAGCAGCCUUGCCUUUGACACCUGACCCUCUCUUCCUUCUCCACCCCAACCCUCACUGUGACACAGACCCUACAAGACUUGUGACCUCCUUAAAGAGUAAUCCCCACAUAUCUGAGACUUCCAGCCUCCAAAUUGGUGAGGUAGUAUAGCUUGCCCAAGAGCGGUUCACUUAAAUGCCCCUGUCCCACUUAGGAAACCUGAACGGAAACCUCUGGAGACUUUGCGCCCCACCCAAGGUUUCUGUGCGGUUCCCAGAGGUUUUUGUCAGUCUCCCUACCUGCUUCCACUACCUGCAACCUCCGGGAACCACCUGCAACCUCCGGGAACCGCACAGAAACCUUGGGUGGGGCGCAAAGUCUCCAGAGGUUUCCGUUCAGGUUUCCUAAGUGGGACAGGGGCAUUAUAGAGUACCAACCACCUGAUCUACCCGACUCGUGAUGCCUUGCUGUUCAUGCCUAUGUUCUGCCUCUCAGUUAAGGGAUAGGAACAAAUUUAAGAAAAUAUCUAGUUGUGAGGUUAUACAAUUGGUUUCAAUUUCCAGUUGAUUCCAAGGUGAUCCUUGUUCUUGGAUGCAUCAGGGCAAGGGAGACUGGUGAUUGUUAAAAAUGAUUGCCUUUUGAGGACUUUUUCUUCCUUUCCUUCCCCCCCCCCACCCCCGUCUCCCACCCCAAGUGUUCCUUCAUUGAGGUGAUGUGAUGUAUUAUCAGAUGUUAGCCUUUCUUUACUUGAACAUUUAAGAAAAAAACACUGCUUGGUUUUAUUUUUUAUUUUAAAAAAAAUUUGGCACUAACUGAUCGGAAUCUUAAGUUUCUUUGGUUUCCUUUGCUUGAAUAAUUUACUAUGUUUGUAAAGGUUAAGAGUAUAUAUUUCUAAUGUACAUUAUUGUAAUUUCAUUUCAGAUUUCAUAUGCAACAAAUUAUUUUUUCAAAAAAAAAAUUGAAAACAGAUAUUGACAUUGUAUGCUUCAGAAAAAGUAAAUGCGAUGGCAGGAUUUUUUCAAAUUAUGUACAUUUUACUUUUUUGAAAGGAAUGGGUAUUUUCUGUUAAGGAAAGUGGAUGCAAAUAAUUCCUUUUAUUGUAGACUGAGAAACAUCCCAAUUUUCUACUUUGGAACAUUGUGCAAUACUUGCUUGAUGCUAAGAUGUUUUUGCAGAUUUGUUGUAGGUGAGGUCAGAGCUGUAUAGUUUAUAAUGUUCCGAAUCUUUUUUAAGUUUGUAUUAAAAGCAUGAAAAUUGGA